AUGGCUGCUCAAUCCACGCGACAAUUCGGUGUAACGCCACCAAUUUCCACUCUUCAGCUUAUCCAACGAGUCGUGAUAGAAUUUGUCAAGACAGUUGGUCGACGGAAAGGUCUCUCUCCAGCAGCAUUGGAAGCGGCUGGUGGAAAGAUAUUCACGUAUGGUAGUUACCGCCUGGGUGUCUAUGGUCCAGUCCCCGAUGCGUUUGUGCCAAUCAUCAAGUUGGAAUUCUCUGGCAUUAGUCUCGAUCUUAUCUUUGCUCGCUUGAUACUUCCAUCUAUUCCACUCAAUCUUGAUCUGAAGAAUAACGGCUACUUGCGGGGCUUGGAUGACAAGGAAGUGCGGUCGCUUAAUGGAACUCGUGUUACCGAUCAGAUUUUGGAGCUCGUGGCUCAGCAGAAGACAUUCCGACUAGCUUUGAGGGCCAUUAAACUCUGGGCACAGCGUCGCGCUAUCUACUCCAACAUUGUCGGAUUUCCAGGAGGUGUCGCAUGGGCAAUGCUGGUUGCACGGGUAUGUCAGCUAGGAGACAUUGUCGAAAAGAUCUUCGCCAAGCAGCUCACUUGGAAUGAUCUGUUCACUCGGCAUACAUUCUUUUCAAGGGACUAUAAGUACUACCUCCAAAUCACUGCCUCCAGCAAAACCAAAGAAGCAGAUUCAGUCUGGUCAGGUCUGGUAGAAUCCAAACUUAGGCAUCUGGUUGGUGUUGAGAGAAUACAUGUGGUGAAAGAUGACGCAGAAGCAGAACAGGUCAAGAACGGAUCAACCAAGUAUCAAGCGCAGGGAACAAAGACCGAAACAACAGACGAGACCAAAGAUCCAGCCCACACUGCGGCUGCUGAGACCGGUGCUGAGGAUGCUCAGGUUCCCGAUCCUGCGACUAACGGUGCGGUUGACAGCCGUACAAUCUACACCACCACAUACUAUAUUGGCCUUGAGCUCGAGCCGCUAGAGCCAGGUGCUUCGCGGUCUCUCGAUAUUCCUACCGACGCCGACGUAUUCGAGUCGACGUGUACUUCGUGGCGGGGAUUUCAAGAAGGGAUCAACGACCUCAGCAUCACACAUGUCAGAAGUUUCGAUUUACCCGACGAUGCCUUUGAGCCUGGGGAGACACGACCUGUCCGACCGAAGAAGAAGGUCGCGAAGCCAGCGACUGCAGCGGCUCCUCAGAAGCGAAGCAUUGACGCUGUAGACGGCACCAUGCAUCCGGAAGCGAAGCGACAAGUAUCAUCGAAUGGAUUCACUCAUGCGGCCACGCCGGCUUGA